AACAUUGCAGUCAUCGUGUAGAUUAUGAGCCGACAGUUGAACAUCCGGAUGCAUAGACGCAAACGAGACUGUGUUAAUAGUCAGGCUAUAAAGGUCAGACUGUGUGGUGUGGUGGUGUAACGCCUUCUUGAUCCAUUGCGGCCUGUUUCGAGUCUAGUAUCGGCCAAAUCUUCUAAUCGGACCUCUUGUAAGGGACACGGACAGCGUUGAGAUCUCGAGGGAGACAAAGGUUCACCUCUACAUUCUUGGGGAGGUCGCAAUAUUGCCACACACCCAGAUUGUUGCGAGUAAUACUCAGUCAUCUCCAAGCUCCGUCUGACAUUUUGUCGUCCUGUCACAAAAAUGGCUCAGUUUAACGGCACGUACAAGCUAGACCCGGAAAGCAGCCAGAAUCUGGAUGAAUUUAUGAAGGCAAUCGGUGUGAGUGAGGAGAUGCGUAAGGUUGGCAGCAGUCUCAUCCCUGAGGUUACCAUGGAGACAGCAGACGGCAACCAUUUUAAGAUGACUACUGUGACUGCUUUUGCUACUGUGGUUGUGGAGUUCAAUCUUGGAGAGGAGCAGGAAAUCACUACUGCAGACGGGAGGAAAACCAAGAGUGUUUACAGCCUGGAAGGCAACACGCUGAAGCAAGUGGAGACACCGUCGGAUGGUAACGGACCAUCGGCAACUUACGAACGAAUACUCAAGGCAGACGGGAAUAUCGAAAUGGUCAUGACAACUGGGAGCACUGUGGCCAAACGACUUUACAAGAAACUAUAAACACCAAGGGGAAUGAGUCAGUGGCCAUCACUGCCUGCACUAGAAACCUGCACGUUCCAUUAAAGUGAUAAAAUGUCUUGUGUAAUGCAUGAAAUAGUUAUGUAAAUCACUAAAAUUAAGACGGCCCUAUCUUAACAAGAUCAUCUUCAGAGGCAAAAAAAUGCAUAGUUAUUAUUAUAACAGGGAAUGGUACUUUAGGGCGACAUUCCUAUAGGGUUGUGCACAAUUUUUUUUUCCAACUUUAAUGACCCUCACCUCAAUUUCCCUUAUCCUACCCUCACGAAUUCUGGUAUAUUUACUUUUUAGACCAUGAGCAAUCGAUCUAGCCUAUUUGCGACGGAAAAUGUUGCCUCUAAACAGGAGUUGUGACAUGGAGACAUUGAAAUGUCUCCUUAAUGUCCGGUGUCUCCCUAAGGUAAAACUUAUGACGAAAAAUGUCUCCUUACAAGGGUAGGCCUACAUUAACAGGAAUAGGUUAUUAUGUUUCAAUGAUAAUGUAAAAGAUGUUGACGUGAAAUAAUAAGUUUCAACCGGGUGUCGUUUAUAUGGAAUAAUUUGUAUACUCCUUCGUUCCUUCGGGUCCCAUCCCGUCUCUUCAUUCCCUUUGAUAAUCACCUACUGCCACACUCCCUUGGUCCGUAAUCCCAGGAAGUCGAUUUUUUUUCUCCGAGUACCGAGUACUGCCGAGUACUUUAAUAUGUUGCCGAGUACGAGAGCGAGUAUUUUAUUGUAAACCCUUUUGUGUUUUCCAGCCCUGCAUGCUUGUGUGUCCCCUAUACUUACUACGCAUGUUUGAUCCUUGUUCCACUGUCAUUGUUUUGCUUUUGAACGAUGUCUUGCCAAGACCGCACCGUCAGUCCAGCUAAUUGUGUUGAAUAAUUGUCAUGUUUCCUCGCACUCUUGCGUCUCAAUUCUGCACGUUUUGGACUAUUUUCGCCUGGACAAUAAUUAUAUAACAUAUCUGCAAGUAUGAUUGAAAAUUUGGCUUUAGAAUAUUUUACGAGGUCAUAUUUCUUAUCAGGCUACUACCGGUUCCAACAGAGAGCGUUAUCAAUACAAUUAUAUCGUUAAUAUCACGUGACGGCAUAGACACGGGGUUCAAAGUGUAUCUCCAAUCGUGAUUGUAAGUGUAUUAGCUGUUUACUCUUCAAAUCUACAAAGACAAACUUUGGCUGAGAGGCUUAUCAAGUGGCCCGUUGCCAUGGUGACCUUGUCAGUAAUAGGCCUGAGUGUACUAAUUUUCCCAAGCGGCAUCGGCACAAGCCAGACUAAAUAUAUUUGUUGCAUUAUUGUUGAAAAUUUGAACAUGUACCUUUAGGCUAACUUUUCGCUUUAAAUGCAUAUUGCUUUAAUUGGCAACGCAUUGAGUUCCAGUA